AUAACAACUAUAAUGAUAAUCAUAUGUAUUAAAAUUUUUAUUUCCAAUGAAGUUAUAUUUGAUACAUAAAUAAACAUCGCCUAAAAGCCUACAGUUCUGCUGCAGGCGCCACUUGUGUUGUAAGUCUGUGUGUCGGUGUUCAAUAUACACGCUUUGUUUUGGCGGGUUUUCCGUAGCUCGGCGAUCAGCCACGCUAGACGCUUACUUGUUAUGGUUAAAAAUUAUUAUUCAGUGUCACUUGGAAUAACGUCGAGUGCGGUUAGUUACAAGUGCAUAGUUGAAGUGUAACAACGCAUAUAAGCAGAAGCAGCAGACAUUAUUUGAAUUAUAUUGAUGUAAUUCUACGUGUUUUAUGUACAACGAAACUGUUUAGAUUAUAAAAAAAAAGUGUAGUUAUUGACAAGUGCAGACUUUAAUAAAAAAAUAAGCGUGUAGAAAAACUUUUAAUGUUGCUAGUCUCGACGUGUCGUAACCUGCGUCUUUUGUUUUUCCGGCUUUGCGCGACAAAAGGCUUCGACACGAGCUAGCCAACGCUGAGAUUAAACUACAAAUAAUUAUUAUUUAGUGUCACUUGAGUUAAGAAAAAGGUUUGGCUUAGAAAUUAUAAUAAGCAAGUUUGUUUACAUUGGUAUUAUUAAUAAAUAACCUCUUUGAAUAGUAAAAAGUUAAUAAUACGUAUGAAACUAUUGUUUUAAUAACUGAAAGGAAUUUUUCGUAAUCGAAGGUCGUUUAUUGACAGUGAGAAUCUGAGAAAUUGUUGGUAGUGAUCAACUAUUAUUGACAAUUGUUCCUGAAGAGACCCCUUGGAAUGGCAGCAUUUCACCAGAAACUGCUUCUGCUUCAUCAAGUGAAAUCCCAAAAGAAGCAGCUCCUAAAACUUCAUCUUCACAUCAAGCAGAUUUCCCGUCCUCAACGUCAUCAUCAUCCUCAGGGCGAGCGGAUCAUUUGUCAAAAAUUUUUCCGAAAUUUCCUACUAAUGUUUAAACGUCUUUGCGUAUGGGUUUAUCCUUGUCACCUCGUAGUCGAAAAAGAAUGGUUCACACAGUUCGAGAUUAUCUACUAAAUGACUUGAAUAAUAUAUCUUGCAAAACCACUCAAUCCAUAAGUCAACAAAUUGUCGACACUUACAAAAAGAGCUUCACAACAAAAAUUGCAAAUCAGAGUACGGAUGGUCAAGUGGAAUCUCUCAGACAAUCCAUUUAUUUCGCAGCACAUUAUCUCAACGGUCAAUCCGGAGAUGGUAAUGAAAAAUUCGAUAAUCUAGAUGACGAUUUAACUAUUGACAAGCCCAAAGUUCAGGAUGAGUAUGGGUGCGUCGCUUAUUUGCCAGCUCAACCCAAACCCGACGUCUUGGCGUCAUUAGAAGAGCAAAGAUUAAAAUUGAUUCAGAUUUUCAAGUCUAAGAGAGAUGUCGAUGAAGAAAUAAUUGAGUUAAUGGACGCGUGUUAUUAUUUUCAGCGAAAAAAAAUUCAUACAGAAAAGGAGUUAUCGAUAAUCUUUGAACACUGUUCUUACUUUCAUUAUAGUAAAUUGAUUAUAAAGCACGCCAAUCAACUACUUGGAAAAAAUAUUAAUUCCAUAUGGAAGUUAUCAUUAAAAAAACUAUCUAAGCCCAUCAAUCGUUAUUCAAAAAAUGGAGAAAUAGCUCGUGAAGUGACCGCCAACAAAAAAAAGAGUAAAGCUGAUGCUGAUACAGAAGCAGAAAGUAAAUACGUUCGCAACACAUUAAAAUUAGCUCAACAGUACAGCGAUAACUUGAAAAAUGAUGAGCCAUAUGAAGCAGUUGUUUUUGCCUUUAUUACAAAGUUCAUGAAAGAAAAUUUAAAUUUUCUUUAUGUUUUAACAAGUGAAGAAUUGACUGACGAAGAAUUAUUGGAACGUGUACCUGUUGCUAAUCCAGUUUUGAUGAUUAGAGGAAAAGAUUUACACGACUCUAGGAAUAUAUAUCAUAUCGUGAUUAACAAGUCAAUAAUGAUAUAUGCUCCAUCAUUUACUGAAGGGAUAUUGACAACAUUCCUAUGCUAUUAUGUAUUUAGCAUUGUUAAUCCCCCGGAAAUCGAAGGCACACUUGAAGCUAUUCAGCGAUUAUUUUUGGAAAUAAAUCCUGAAAAAGGUACGAAACGAGGUGGAAAACGAAAGGGAACGAAAAUUCAUCCCAAGGUCUCAAAGCUUACAAAAGAUAUCGACCCCUACAUUAUUGAUUAAUCAUAUUCUUAAACUACUCCUAUUAAAAAAUACAUUUUUUUAAGUUAUAUUACUUAUUUUAGAUUAUUCUUGUUUUAAUUAUUUC